AUGGAUCCUAAAUAUGAUCACUAUGACUUCCCUACAACGUCUCUCUGUACGCUGAGCGGUCAUCCCGGUCAUACAACGCCAGAGCAAGAUGCAAAAGUAGUACAGAUGCGCAAGAAACUAGAACAAGAUGGAUAUACAGAGCGGCUUGAUACUCUGACACUUCUGCGCUUCCUGCGAGCCCGCAAGUUUGAUUUAGCACUCGCGGAGAAGAUGUUUGUCGAAACCGAGAAAUGGCGAAAGGAGAUCAAGCUCGACGACCUCACGCGCAACUUUGAAUAUACGGAAAAGGAGAAAGUCUUCGCCUUCUAUCCCCAGUACUAUCACAAGACGGACAAGGAUGGGCGUCCCGUUUACAUUGAACAACUGGGGAAAAUCGACCUUGCCGCCAUGUACAAGGUGACGAGCUCCGAGCGCAUGCUCAUGAACCUCGCCGUCGAGUAUGAGAAAGUUGGUGAUCCACGCCUGCCUGCCUGCUCGCGGAAGGCGGGCAAGCUGCUUGAGACUUGCUGUACUAUAAUGGACCUUAAAGGCGUCGGUAUCAGCAAGAUCGGUUCUGUAUAUUCUUAUGUCAAGCAGGCCUCAGCCAUCUCCCAAAAUUACUAUCCGGAGAGAUUGGGCCACCUUUACAUCAUCAACGCGCCCUGGGGCUUUUCAAAUGCCUUUAGCAUGGUCAGUAGCAUGCUCGAUCCCGUCACCGUUGACAAGAUUCACGUGCUCGGGAAGGGGUACCAGACAGAGCUCUUGGCCCAGGUACCGGCCGAAAAUCUGCCCAAGGCGUUCGGCGGUCGAUGUGAGUGCGCCGGAGGCUGUCAAUUCAGUGAUCAAGGCCCCUGGACUGACCCGGCCUGGGCAAAGCCGGCGUGGUGGCAGAAGGAGCAGGAGACAACCAAAGACGGUGAUGGUAAGGAUGAGGAACUCAACAACCCUUCAUGA